GGCAAAAGCCGGAUAUCGAUGCCGAUCCGGUCCCUUUUGUUUACCAUUUCGACAUUCGCAUCGACAUGGCCGACACGAAAUCCGGGUCCGGACGGUACUCGGCAGCCGGUGGAAGUGGCACCAUUGGCCUGUCGCCCUUGGUGCAGGGUCCUGCGAACCUGGAGUGCAAGGACUUCCAAGAGUACCUGCGCACUCGUCAAACGCCGGAGUCGCUGGAGAAGCUCUACAACUAUCCACCCAUUUGCUUAGCUGUGUUCCGGGAGCUGCCCGAAAUAGCCAGGCAGUUCAUCAUAAGGAUUCUGUUCGUGGAUCAACCGGUGCCACAAGCGGUGGUCACCUCAUGGGGGGCCCAACGUUGUGCCAAGGAGCAAACGGAGGCCACCAGCUGUCUGACUGCGUUGAAUGUCUGGCGUGUUACUGCCAUUCCUGGUGGUCUGUCUGCCUGGGAACUUUCGCCCACCUUUAAGAAGAGCGUGCGCCAGGUGCUGCUGGGCGGCGGAAAGCCCUGGCCCAUGACCAACACGCUGGAGAAGGACUCAAAGCCCAGGGACAUCGCCUUUCUCGACACAUACGCCAUGUCACGAUGGCGCUGCGUGCUGCACUACAUGGUUGGCACUGGAAAUCGCAAUGGCACCGAUGCGGAGGCGAUAAGUCCGGAUGCCGUGAGGAUUUUGCUUCACGCCAAUCUCAUGAAACGAGAUGAGCGCGAUGGCAUCACAAUAACCCGACAGGGCUUCCAGUUCCUACUGCUAGACACGCGAGCUCAGGUUUGGCACUUUAUGCUCCAGUACCUAGACACGUGCGAGGAGCGAGGGAUUAGCCUGCCGGAAUGCCUGUCCAUGCUGUUCCAGCUCAGCUUUUCCACGCUGGGCAGGGACUACAGUUCGGAGGGGAUGAAUAACCAGAUGCUAACCUUCCUGCAGCAUCUGCGGGAGUUCGGAUUGGUCUUCCAGCGAAAGCGCAAGGAGGGGCGCUUCUAUCCCACCCGUUUGGCUCUGAAUGUGACCAGCAAAGAGGCUGCGGCGACCGCCUCCGUGGCAAUGGAUGAGGAGGUGACCCAGGAUUGUGGCUAUAUCGUGGUGGAGACGAACUACCGCGUGUAUGCCUACACUGACUCGCCGCUUCAGGUGGCCGUGCUGGGUCUAUUCACAGAGCUACUCUACCGCUUUCCCAAUCUCGUUGUGGGCGUGCUCACCCGGGAUUCAGUGCGCCAGGCGCUGCGGGGCGGAAUUACGGCGGAGCAGAUUGUCUCGUAUCUGGAACAGUAUGCGCAUCCCAACAUGCGUUUGGUGGAGUCUGCCAUUCAGUCGAAAUCCUGCCUGCCACCGACAGUCGUCGAUCAAAUUAAACUCUGGGAACUGGAGCGAAAUCGCUUCACCUACACGGAGGGCGUGGUGUACAAUCAGUUCCUCUCCCAAGUUGAUUUCGUAACGCUGAGGGACUACGCUCAGUCGAUCCACAUGCUGGUGUGGCAAAAUGAACGAACUCGCACCAUGGUGGUCCAGAAGAAUGGUCACGAUGAUGUCAAGCGUUACUGGAAGAAGUACUCUAAGAGUGGUGUUUAACCCGGGACUACUUCCCAUUAAGAAGUUUACUCAAGGGUCACAUCUGUAUCCAUUUCGUUUCUAAGCUAAAAUUUUAAUAUAUCGUUUAAUAAGUGAGUGGGAGAUAUAGCGUCGACAUAUAACGUACAAGAAGAAUACAAUUAAAGUACACAGGUAUCA